AUGUCCUUUGUUCAUGCAAAGUGUUCAGUGGAGGAGCGCAAAGUUUUAUGGUGUUCAUUAUUACAUGAUAAGCCUAGUUUAUUACCUUGGUGCAUUGGGGGUGAUUUUAACGUAAUUUUGGCACCUCAUGAAAAACGGGGAGGCCGUCCAUUUGCUAUAGCUGAGGGGGCGGAUUUCAUGUCUUUCAUGGAGGAGGCUGAGGUCUUCGAUUUAGGCUUCUCAGGAGCUAGUUUUACAUGGUCUAAUAAUCGGCGGGGUAGAGCUCGAAUUUCAAAAAGGUUGGACAGAUUUUUAAUCAAUGGAUCUUUCUUGGAUCUCUCUAACAAAAUCUCUGUGCUUCACUUGGCAAAACAUCCCUCAGAUCAUGCACCAUUGAAGAUUACGUUUGCCACCCGAUCGGAUAUUAAACCUCGGCCAUUCCGCUUCUUAAAUGUCUGGACUACAAAACCACAAUUCCUGGAGGUGAUUCGCCAGGCUUGGAAUCAAGAUGUAGAGGGAUCUCCAUUGCGCGUUUUAUGCUCCAAAUUAUUGGCCACGAGAAGGGCUAUUCAAACAUGGAACAAGCAACACUUUGGGAAUGUUAUUGAUGCUGUUCGUUAUGCGGAAAUGGCGGUCCAUAGAGCAGAGGAGGUUGCGGAUCAAGCCUAUUCAGAAGAGUGUCAGAUUGAACUCAAUAAGGCACAGGCAGAGUUUCGGCAUGCAAUGUCAAUUGAAGAGCAAUUUUGGAGGCAAAAGGCAAGGGUUAAAUGGCUUCGUCAUGGAGAUAGAAAUUCAAGGUACUUUCAUGCGGUAGUAAGGCAGAGACGUGUUCAAGGAAUGAUACACCGUAUAAAAAAAUCCAACGGCGUUUGGGUAGACACGGAUGAUGAUAUAUCAACUGAGGCAACAGAAUAUUUCAAUAAUCUCUUCACAGGGUCUUUGGAGUCAUAUUCUGAUAUGCUACACCUAAUUCCGCCGAUGAUUUCGGGAGAGGAUAAUAAGAGGCUGGAAGCAGUGCCUACGAUCAAGGAAGUGUACGAAGUCGUCAAGUUAAUGGAUGGAGAAAGUGCUGCUGGUCCAGAUGGUUUCACAGGAAAAUUUUUUACAUUUGCUUGGGAAGUUAUCGGCCAAGAUGUCUACAAUGCGGUACUCAGUUUUUUCUGUGGGGCGGAUUUGCCCCGUUUCUACUUCAAUCGUUCUAAUUCCAAAGAAGCCAAAUCCUCAGGAAUUUUCUCAUUUUAG